AUGCUUCGCCUCUUCAUUACAACAGCACCAGGGUGGCAUCGGCCUGACGGAGUGGGUGGAUAUGCUUCUCCUCUUCAUUACAGCAACUCGCCGAGUGGGUGGAUCUGCUUCACCUCUUCAUUACAGCAGCACCGCCUCUUCAUUACAGUAGCACCAGAUAAAGAAGGCAAGAAAGGGAAAAUGUUGGUUGCAGACAGUUUUGAUUUAUGGCAAAAGGAUACCUUCUUUUCUGCAGCGGAAGAGGUCCAACAAUCUGCCGAUAUAAUGGAAUCUGCUUACAGAACAUGGCUCAGAGCAAAAAAAGAAGGGAUGACAGCUCAAAAUUUAGAUGAACUUAGUAGAGAGCUUCAAAUGGCUUUAGGCACGGCAAAAUGGCAGCUGGAAGAGUUUGAAAGGGCUGUUAGGUUGAGCUACAGAAUUCAUGCUGCUGAAGUUACAAAGACCAGACACAGGCAAUUUGUUUCUGUUAUAGAAGAUCAAAUUUCCCGUGUAGAAGCAGCAUUAAAAGAAUCAUAUAAUGUGGAUAGAAACCAACACUUUAGCUGGGUAAACUUGAACGAAGAAGAACGUGAUGACUUAGCUUUGUUUCUUUCUGGAACUGCCGAUAACCCACAUACAAAGCUUGGAGAACCAGCAACUAGCCCCUUUAAAGAGAAAAACAAUGCUAGAAUCAGACUCGAUUCUAAAGUUGGUUCCAAGGCACAAAUUCCAAUUAAGACAAAGGGUUUUGAAGAAAUUGUCACUAGUAAUGUGGAAGCCAAAUGCUUCAUAGAGGCAGAAGAGAAAGAAAUUCCCGAGACAAGGGACGAACCUAGUUCUCGUAGGGCACGUAAUUUACCAGGUGUGAGUGCUUUGGAGAUUGUAAUUGAUAUUGACAAUGAAGAGAGGAAUACAUUGGUUGAAGCAACACCCAAAGAGAAGGCGUCCAAACCUUAUUUUUGGAGAUCAAGGUGUGAAGACCAUCCUCAAGCAAAGGGAGGAGUGUUUACUUACACCCAACUGAAGAUUCUCAAUUUCAAAAAUCAGCUGUUCAAACGAACUCCGAGAAGUCAGAGGCAACAACAAAUUUCACCAAAAUUGUCUGUCGAUUCCAUUAGACUCGUACUUGCUUUGAUGCUAACCCUUUUCUUAGUUGUUCAGUCGAUUUAUGAUCCGUAUUUCAAGCUCAAGAUUGUCCUUUUGUUUUUGCAGUGCCUUUCCUGUUCUAUUCAGCUUAGGCUCGAGGUUAAAAUUCUGUUAGUGAACAAGAGGAAAGGUUGUGAAUUCGUGUUGAUGAUGGAGAAGCCUCUGAGACGGGGUUGUCUUUGCUUCAAGUUUUCGGAUAUUUCUUUGGGUGAAGUGACUUCACAAGACAUAAUGCACCAUGUAGCAGUCAAUUGCUUCUUAGCAAGGAAUAAUAUAAUAUUUGGUAUGUUAGCCUGGAUAUUACAGGAGAGCUAA